UCUUCUGUUGUGUGGUGUAUGUAAGAGGAUAAUGAAAGGUUAAAAACCGAAGGUAAAAGUCGCCGCCAUCUUGAUUAGAGUGGAUAUCACACGAUCAGAGGAGGAUAUUAUUUCUCUUUUUCUUGUGUUGAGCAGAGUUCCCGAGACUUGCAGAUUCCAGCAUAACCUAGCUCAACCAACAUAGGUGACCAAACAUGGCUGAGGAUCCGACCAGGACGACUGUGAAUCAAACGAAGGAUUUAGAGGAGACAUUACUUCGCACAAAAAGACUGCUUGUUUACAAUCACCGCUUUUAUCAGAGAUACGACUGGCAUGGACAAGGAGUCAUGAGAUCUGGACAGGAGACCUGUUUGAGGGGUGAUGCUGGACUAGAGGUUCAAGUACAGGAAUGGAUGAGCGUCGAUGAGGAGACUCGUAUUGCAUUAAUGGAUGAUCUGGAGAUGCCCUUGGAAAACAUCAUCACCAUUCUGGCUCAACUUUGCCCAGAAGUGAAGCAUAUCGGCAUUGACAGCGACGACUUAAUCGUACAUCAAGAUAGAUCCAAUUUCAAGCCGAUGAGGUCGGCCCUCACCGUUUGCUUGGAGUACCAUGAUGGUGAUUCGCUUGAAGAUGCACUGCUAGCUAUUGGUGAUUGUUUCCCAAAUGCAGAGAGGCUAGAUCUGCGAUGUGAAGAUGUAGAUUUCCCACCCACCGGUGAGCAAGACAAUGACAUCACUCCGUUGUCUUCUUUGAGAGAGUGUAGAAUAAGAGUCUGGAAGACAUAUCAUCUCGACAGGUUCCUCUUUUUCCUUAGUUCUUUCUGUCCGGAUAUUGUAUCACUCGUUUUAUCUACGCCUAGACGUUUGAUAUCUCGCAAGUCAACUAAAGACAUUUCAUCGUGCAAAUUUCCUCAUCUGACCAACAUUCGCCUUGAACCCUUUGCAGAUUAUGAUUUCUACACACUUGAAUCAUUAACGAAUGUACUGCACGCAGGUGAUGUGAUGAGUCCACUCUUUAACUCUGUUGAAGCCAAAAAGGUGCAGCUUGGAGAUGUAGAACUGACCACCGUUAAAUGGUACCGUACAUCUUCAGCUUGUGAGCUGCAACUUGAAGGGGCGAGUGGAGUCGUACCUAUGGCCGAUAUGAUGCAUCUAUUGUUCAAUGAAUUCAAAGGAAUUACCGUCCUGACAUUUGACAGGUGUGAUCUUGAUUUGUCUUCAUCUGAAGCACGUUCGCUUCGCGCUGGAUGCACGUCUCUUCGGGAAAUCAAGUUUGUAAAUAUGGAACACCGGCUGUCGCAAUCGGACACAGACACGCUUUCGGAGACGUUUCCCAGUGUCAAGAUCACAACAAAGCAUGAAAGUCAGGACUUAUUAGCAGGAUCUAAGCAGGGUACAAGGGUGUCUUCCGAGUUGAAGGAAAUGACCUUUGCUCCAUCAACAUCUGCGCAGGCUGAAGAAGACCUUGUAGGUGCAGCUGAAGUGGUCAAAGUUCAAGAACAGACCGACGUCCAGAUCCCUGAAGUGGGAGGAAAAAAGGGUUGUGGAAGGAGAGGAAUGUGACAUAGCACAGGAAAGCCUGUCCCAUGCAACAGGAAAAGAAGAUUUACCACGAGGAAGUACCAAAGCAAUCAAACUGGAAUGUAUUCAGAGAGUAGGAAGUGAAGGUGGCAAACUUCAG